AUGUUGUGGCCCGGUCUCGCCUUGGCGGCGCUCGCCAACGCCCAGUUCCUCCAAGGGCUAAACCAUCUCCGAUUUGGCUGCUCCCAGAUCACCAUAGAGCGUCUCGACCCCCUCGUGGAGCCAGACAAGAUGCCGAGCGCCCACAUGCACCAGGUCGUCGGCGGCAACGCCUUCAACGUGUCCAUGCCCAACACAGACAUCUCCCAGGUGGCCACCUGCACGACGUGUGGCCCCGCCGACGAUUUCAGCAACUACUGGACCGCAAACCUAUAUUUCCAAGCCAAGAACGGGAGCUACAAGCGCGUACCGCAAAUCCCCAACCGCUUCCUGUUCAACGACCGGUUCACCACCCAGACCAACGGUGGCGUGACCGUCUACUACAUCUCUCCCGGAAAGGGCAAAGUCACCGCCUUCAAGCCGGGCUUCCGGAUGUUCGUCGGCGACGUAGCCCGCCGCACGCCGCUCUACAAGACGCAAUCCUGCUUCCGCUGCUUCAGCGGCCCCAACUUCGGCGGGGACGACGCCGCCCCCUGCACCGACAGCCGGCGCGACAGCGAAGGCUUCCCCUCCCAGCCCUGCCCGGGAGGCAUCCGAUCCAACGUGCUCUACCCAACCUGCUGGGACGGCAAGAACCUAGACACACCCAACCACAAGGACCACGUCGCCUACCCGACGGGGGGGCCCUCGACGUUCCUCUCGACAGGCAACUGCCCCGCGUCGCACCCCGUCAAGAUCCCGCAGCUGAUGCUAGAGAUUGUGUGGGAUACGACGGGGUUCAAUGAUAAGUCGUUGUGGCCGGCGACGGGCCAGCCGUUUGUGCUGAGCACGGGGGACACGACCGGGUAUGGGCAGCAUGGGGAUUACGUGUUUGGGUGGAAGGGGGAUGCGCUGCAGAGGGCGAUGGAUGUGGCGAAUGGGUGUUUUGCGGCCGAUUGUGGGAAUCAGAAGACGCAGAGCAUUGAUAAUGCAAACAAAUGUCAGAUCACCAAGAAGGUGAAGGAGGAGGUGGACGGAUGGUUUGAUAAGCUUCCUGGAAUGGCCAUGAAGUAA